AUGUGGAAGCGCUACCACCCCUCGGCAGACAAUCUCACUGGAGCGACUUGCGCUACUUUGAGCGAAUUGCAAAACAAUGACGCAUGGGGCAUUCAGUCCGAUUCUCAUUCUUGGCUCACCCAGUCAAAUGAUAUUGGGCAGAGGCAUGGCGAAGAUUGGCAGGCGUUUUUUGCGCACAAAGCCUUGCAGAACACGAAGAAGGAGGAGAAGGAGACCCCGUCUCAACGACAGGCUCGUCUGAGUCGUCAAUGUUCGGCCAAUAAUCACAGCCUUCCCGGCAAGUCCAGUAGGAUUUGGGUGUUUGAAUGGCAACCCCAAGAUGAUUACAAUGAUUUCAUGUUGCGCACUCACAUCACGAAGGCUAGGGUUGAGGAGGUCUGGGGAGACUACAACAAGUUCACCAGGAUCUUUGAUUCUUUUUCCAAUCAAUGGGACUUAUGUCUCGCACUCGACCCCACUAGCAUCCCUGACGGUGAUGAUCGCGAAGAUGACAACGAUAUCAUGCCCCCCUUCUCCAUAACUUCCCCUUCUGAGGUUCCACCUCCACCCCCUUCCAGUUUUGCCAAUGAUAUAUACACAUACUUCGGCAGCGACGUUUCACUUUCGUCAAGACAUACACACAUCAAAGGAUUUGUUCCUGUAUUGCAUUAUCACUUCGGAUAUUGA